AUGACCCACCAAGCACGUAUAAACACUGUUGUCGAGAGCCUUACCAAGGCCCCUCGUAACAUUAGCCUAUCUGAAGGCGCUACCGGCAAGGCCAAGACCAUUACCGAGGUCUUUGGCAGCAAUGUCUUUUCACUGAAGGAAAUGUCGCACACAUUGCCCAAGCCCAUCUUUAAGAGCUUCAUGAAGCAGCUGCGUGGCAACCAGACGUUGGACAAGGUCACAGCCGAUGCGAUCGCACACGCUGUCAAGGUGUGGGCUAUUGAACGGGGCGCCAGCCAUUUCACGCACUGGUUCCAGCCCAUGACCGAUUCGACGGCAGAGAAGCAUGACUCAUUUUUGACGUUGAAAUCCAGCUUCUUCAAUGGUUUUGAAGAGGUUACUGCGCUCGAGACAUUCUCGGGAUCCCAGCUUUUGCAAUCUGAACCGGAUGCCUCGUCGUUCCCAUCCGGCGGUAUGCGUACCACCUUCGAAGCGCGCGGUUACACCGUGUGGGACACCAAGAGCCCAAUGUUUAUCCAAGAAGGUCCCCACGGCACGGCCAUCCUGUACAUCCCCUCCGUCUUCAUCUCGUACAACGGCGAGGCCUUGGACGAAAAGAGUGUCUUGUUGCGCUCCUCCGAGGUGCUGAACAAGACUGCUUUGGAGAUCUUGUCGCUGAUUGAUGAGGUCGAUGAAGAUCACCCACGUGCCAAGAACGUAUUCACCACUUUGGGUACCGAGCAGGAAUACUUCUUGAUCGACCGUGGUCUGUACACGCUGCGUCCCGAUUUGAAGAUCACUGGCCGCACCUUGCUUGGUGGUCUGCCCCCUCGUCACCAGCAGCUCGAGGAUCACUACUUUGGCAAGAUCCCCACCCGUGUUUUGGCCGCCAUCAGCGAAUGCGAGCACGAGCUCGCCAAGCUCGGUGUCCCCAUCAAGACCCGCCACAACGAAGUCGCCCCUGCCCAGUUUGAGGUCGCUCCCAUCUUCGAGGAAGCCAUGCAGGCCGUCGAUCACAACUUGCUGACCAUGGAUGUCCUUCACCGCGUUGCCCAUCGCCACAAGCUCAAGGUGCUCUUCCACGAAAAGCCUUUCCGCGGCGUCAACGGCUCCGGCAAGCACUGCAACUGGAGUAUGUCCACUGACCAGGGCGACAACCUCUUGGAUCCCUCUGCCAACCCCGAAAACAACGUCCGCUUCUUGAUCUUCCUGGUCGCUGUCUUGAAGGCUGUUCUUGACCACGGCGAUUUGUUGCGUGCUGGUAUCGCAUCUGCUUCAAACGACCACCGUCUCGGUGCCCACGAAGCUCCCCCAGGUAUCAUCUCCGUCUUCUUGGGUAGCCAGCUGAACGAAGUUCUCAAUGCCAUUGAGGAGAACCGACCCGUCAACUAUGGCGCUACCGGCACCCAGAUGCAAAACGUUCGCGUCAAGGGCACCGUCCUCGAUCUCAAGGUCGCCACCCUUCCCAGCAUUGCCCGUGAUUUGACCGACCGUAACCGUACCUCGCCAUUCGCCUUCACUGGCAACAAGUUUGAGUUCCGUGCUGUCGGUUCCAAGCAAUCUACGUCGUUCCCUGUCACCCUCCUCAACUCGGCCGUCGCUUCCUCGUUGAUGGAAAUCAGAGACGCUUUGCGCAAGCAAAAGGGCGACAAGAAGAUCGCCUCAAAGGAGGACCAAUUGGCUGUCAUCCGCGAAUACAUCACAAAGACCAAGGCUAUCCGCUUCGAGGGCGACAACUAUUCCGAUGACUGGGUCCAAGAGGCUGCCAAGCGUGGUCUGCCCAACAUCACAAAGAGCCCCGAUGCUUUCACCCGUCUGCUCAAGAAGGAGAACGCCGACAUGUUGCGUGAGACUGGUGUCUUCUCUGACGCCGAGUUGACCUCGCGUUACCAUAUUUUGAUGGAAAAGUACUCCAAGGACGUCAUGAUUGAGGCACAGACUUUGAUUACAAUGGUGAUCCAGCACGUUUUGCCCGCUGCUUACACUUACCGUGGUGAGUUAGCCGAGACCGCUUCCAAGAUUGGCGCUAUUGGCUUGGAUGCUACUGCUGAGGCCCGUGUCAUCAAGGAAUUGUCCCCCAUCGUUUCGAACCUCCAGGACCGCACCCAGGAGUUGGAAAAGCUGACCAACGAUAUGACUUCCAUCGAGGACGUCAGCAAGUUGGCUGUCUAUGCUGGUGAUAAGGUCUUGCCUGCCAUGGAGGCUGUCCGUGAGCUUGCAGAUUCCCUGGAGAAGACUAUUGCUGAUAAGCUAUGGGCCUUCCCCAAGUACACCGAGCUUUUCUUGAACAUCUAA